UCAGCAGGUGGAGGAAUUGGUGGGGAUUUGGAGGCCUUGGUGGAAUUGGAGAUGGAAAAGUUGAUGUUGAUGUCUCAGCACCUAAACCAGAUGGCUCACUGUCAGCAGGUGGAGGAAUCGGUGGGGGAUUUGGAGGCCUUGGUGGAAUUGGAGAUGGAAAAGUUGAUGUUGAUGUCUCAGCACCUAAACCAGAUGGUUCACUGUCAAUAGGUGGAGGAAUUGGUGGGGGAUUGGGAGGCCUUGGUGGAAUUGGAGAUGGAAAAGUUGAUGUUGAUGUCUCGGCACCUAAACCAGAUGGUUCACUGUCAAUAGGUGGAGGAAUUGGUGGGGGAUUUGGAGGUCUUGGUGGAAUUGGAGAUACAAAAGUUGAUGUUACAGCACCCAACCCAGAAGGUUCUCUCUCUGUUAGUGGUCCUGAUGUAAGUGGAGAUGGCAUUAGUGGCAAUUUUGGUGGAGGCAUUGGUGAUGGUGCAGGUGGUAGCUUUGGGGGUGGAGAUAUUGACAUUGAAACUAAAGCACCAAAACCAGAUGGCUCAUUUUCUGUAGGUGGAGGUCUGGCCUUGGCUGGUGAGGGAUUUGGUAAAGAUUUUGGAGGUGACCUAGAUAUGGUUACACCUAAGGUUGAUGACAGUGUAAAAGCAGUCAAACCAAAAGCCAACGCAUCAGCUGGAGGUUUUGUUGGCAGAGGCCUUGGAGGUGGUAUUGCUGGAGGCUUUGAUGGCAUCGGAGAUGGAAAAAUUGAUGUGGAUACUGCAAUACCCAAACCAGAUACCUCAUUCUCUGCAGGUGGAGGGAUUGAUGUAGGCCUUGGCUUUAGUGGAGACCACAAGGGAGAUAUUGGUGGAAUCGGAAAUGGAAAAUUUGAUGUCAGUGGGGAGUUUGGCAGCGAUGAUAUUAAGCCUGAAGUUGACAUGAAUGUCAAAGCAGCUAAACCAGAGGGUUCAUUAAGUGGAGAGAUCGGUGGCAUUUUGACUGGUGGCCCUGAUAUUGGCAGUGGUCUCGGAGCAGAUGUUGACAUUGAUGUUGGUACAACAAAACCCGACAUGUCAAUGGGCGGCCUGGAUGGAAUUGGAAUGGGAGGCACAGCUGGCGAUAUUAGUGGUGAUGUUGGUGUUGGCUUAUCUGGUGGAGCCAAAUUGGGCCUACCUGAAGUAACAGGUUCUGCUAGUACUAAAACUGAUGGUAAAAAGCGGAAGAAAAGAGGAAAAGGAAAGAAGAAAAAGGAUCAUGAGGGAUCAUCAGUCGAUGGUGCUGUUUCAGUAGAUGUACCAAGUGCAGACAUCGGAGUAGUGGGCGGGGAUGGUGGAGAAGUUGACGUUGACAAAGCUGCUUCUGGAGGACUUUCUGUUAAACUGCCAGAAAUGUCGGGCUCAUUAGCAGGCAAAGCUGACGUUGAUGUUAAAACAGAAUCAAAGGCUCGUCCAAAGAAGAAAAAGAAGGAAAGAAAGGAUUCUUUGGGUCAAUAGGCCUGUCCAGAGAUUCUACUUCUAGCUCCAGCUCUAGCUCCAGUUCAUCUUCUGACUCUGAUGAAGGUAUUGGCUCCAGAAUAAUGUCAACAUUUGGAUUUGGCAAAAAAGACUCCAGUGACUCUGAUAACCCCAAUUCAAAUAACACAACAAUACGCAGACUGAUGGUACACAAACAAUUGAAACAAGACACGACGACAUGGAACUCAAUGUGAACAAUAAUGCAAAUGGAGAUGAUGCUGAUGAUUCAGCUGCAUAUGCCAAAGAACAUUCCCACUCCAAAGGAAAGAAGUCUUUGGGGAAGUUUUUCAGCCGCAAAGGUCGACAAACCAUUGUUCAAAUACCAGACGAAGACACUGCUGAUGAAGUAGGACUCCAUGGAGUAGACAGUUUGCACUCCAGUAGAUCUGAUGGGGAUGUUACCGAUGCAGACACAACUGCCACCUAUGGGUAUGCAAGUACAAGGUAGUGUGACACAGUACCCCACCACAAGCCACUUGCCGACAAUGACCACAGCCGGGGGAUCCUUUGGCAGUACCUUAGGUAUGCCUGAGCAGAAACACAGCGAGUAGUGAUGCCUUAGUACCACCAAUGUCAUCAGCAAAAAAGUGAGUGCGGUUGCCUGCAAAUAUACUUUGAUCCCAAUUUAACAAAUACCCACAUGUACUAAACUCUUUUGCGCAUGAUCCCAUCCUUCAAAACGCACGUGCACUUACCUACUUUAUUUGUUUGGUUUUGUAGUUCAGUUUUGAAAAGGAACUUCUUCACUGCUAUGUCAACUUGUUUGAUUCGUAAAAUUAUGAAAAAGUAAUUUUGCUUUGUACAUUCGCCAGGUAGAAACUAUGGCUGUUGUAGCAAACAUUAGUGAGUUUAAAUAGGUGUUAAUAAUGGUAAUUAAAACUUAUAACUUCUAGUUAUCUAUUACUUGUUCAUGGUUUAAUAAUAAAAAUGCAUCUCCAGUUUCCAUGUUCAGGUAUCUAUUACAGUAAUCUUUGUAAAACAAGUAAUAUUCCCAUAACCCACCAACACAUCACUUAAAAAGCUAAAAUUGCGCACCAUAUCAGGCUUGUGAUGGCAGUUAAUAUUUUUUCUACAAGACAUCCUUAUGAAAACAUUUUCUGAAUGUCACGUUUUGUUAUGUGUUCAUAUUUAAUCAGAUAAUUUAUGAUUUCUAAAUAUUAGGUAAUUGUAAUGCUAGUUAUUGUUAAUGUAAUUGUGACCUUUUUUUGUGCGUUACCUUCAAUUCUUUGUCUUUGGAAAGGAUCUUGAUAUUGUUGAAAAAAAAUGUAUUUUGAAUUGAAGAAUUUGUUAACAUUUUAAUAAGAAAUUCACAAUGUAAAAGCUGUAAUUUACUCUUUGGGUUUUUUUCGGUGUGAUAAACCCCAGGCAGAGAUCACCACUAUAGCUGCUUUAUGAAUCAAGGGACACUUGAGGCUUUUCGAUUUGUGUGCUGAAAUGCUUGCGAUAUCUAUUGUUCAUUCAACUUGCACAGCUGGAUAAAGUACUUUGUCCAAGAUAUAAAGCCAAAUUGAGAAAUCAGAAAUGGUGGAAAAUAAUGUGGGAUAUCAGCAUAUGGUAGUGUUUGAAAAAGUUAUAGAAGGGAAACUUGCCUAAGUAAUUCAUGACCAGUUGUCUGUUUGGCUUCAGCUCAAGGUUCAUUGUUGAAUCACAUGGUGUACCGUAAAUCAUUUUUAACAAUCUAAAAGGCUGUUAUUGAAAAAACUUCCAUGGCAAUGUGUGUUUCUUUUCUGAUGACAAUCUAUCACUGUUGCACCUAAUAGUUUGGUAACUUUCAACUAAGAGGUGAAGUUAAAACCUUUGUUGGCUAACUGAAUGGAUAUAUUUUGGUACAAUUCUUGUGAGAAAUUGCUAUCAAGGCAUGUUUCAUUAUUCAUAUAAUUAUGUAUCUUGAAAAGAAUUUCUUGUGUACAUCAUGCUAACCUAUAACUUCAUUACGCUGCAAAAUGUUCAGCCUUUAUGAAUUAAAAAAUGUUACAUGUACCUCAAUAUAAAAAAAUUCAACUAAAAUGCUUGGUGUUGGUUUCCUUGAGAAUUUUAUACUUUAUUGCAAUUUUGACAACAAAUUAACUUUAAUUUUGAAUUUGAACUCAAAUGAAACUGCAACCAGGAACAGCUAUUUCAUUUUAAAGAUUUGGAAGCUAACUAUAUUUUGAUUUUCAGCUUAAAAUGUAUCACAAAAUUGACUUGUUAACAAGAGAACGAUUUGUAAGGAAUUACAUAUAAGGACACUUUCAGGUGCAAAGCAGAUAACCCAUGCCUUGUAAAUAAUGAAAUUUGUUCAAAACCAAAUAAUUGAACAAACUUGUAUGUAUGUAGUGUUUGUCAAGUUGGUGAAAUGUACAGGUUCAAAUUUUGAAUGCGCUGGCUGACUCAUUAGUACUAAACCCUUUGUAUAUUCAUAAUUUUUUUAUACAUUGCUACCUUUUACCAGUAGUGUCUAUGUACGGUAUAAAUAUCUAUCCACUGUCUUGUAACCUUAUUAUACCUGCCACUUACAAAAUUGCAAUAUUGUGUAUCGUAAAAUUCCUUCCAUGUUUAACAUUUAUAUAACUAAGUUGGUAGGAUAUCAGUAACCUGUCGUAGUCUUAAGGUGUAGAUCUAGCUUUCAAAACUAUAUUUUCACAUUAAUAUUGGAACGUAGAGUGAGCUGCGUAAUGACUGUUACAGGUCAUCUAACCACUUGUAAAUGGCUCCCUGUGAUGAUCAUGCAUAGAUGACAGUGUCCUAGAAAAUAUGUUGAAGUAAUCACUUAAGAGUUUUUGUGUAAUUGUAUUUAGACAUUUAUCGUAUUGAGUAGAGUUAACGUUUUGUUACAUUUUCACUAAAAACACUAAUAAGGUAAUUUACAGGGCCUAUAUAGAUUUAUAUGAAAUGCACAAAAAUCUGAAAAGAUUAGCAAAUAGGAUUCCACCUUCUGUGCCUUAACAGCAAAAGUAAGGAAUUUCGGAGAAUGAUUUUUUUAAUAAUUAUAAGCCGGUGGUUAGUAUUGCAACACUGUAAUUUAUAUCUUUAAAAAUGAUCGCUUGAAAAUUGUAGAUCUGCUAGUGAUGGGAGUAACAUCUUUUGAAAGGCCCCCACCCUAAGCAAAACCUGACAUUAACAGUGUCUACAAUUGCAGCUAUGAAACCAAUCUUUCUGACAAUUGCACCUUUAUUGUGUCAGUUUCAAUACUAACCACUCAGUGAGCAUUGCGUUCAAGCAGUACAAAAUGCCUGAUGCUUGUAUAUCUGUGCUUCCAGAUUAAAAAGUAAAGCUUUUCACAGUGCCUUGUAUAUAAAACAAAAAACUGUUUAUUUUUGGUGUAGACAUUGGUUUAGUCAUUAUGUCUUGCACUGGAUGAAUGGAUUUGAUAAUUAUUUUUCUUUAAACGUUUGUGGGUUCUUUGCAAAUAAAACAUAACAUGAAAUGAAA